AAGACAAUGCGGUUAGCAACCUGCGGGAUAUCCUGUGGUUAUCCACUUCCUUUAAUAUGAAGGAGAUGACCAGUGUCAGAGAUGAAGCAGAGGUAUCAAGUCCAACCUCAGUCCGAGACUCCUCAGCAGGAAGAUGCAUCCUUCAGGGUGUGCCUAUGUACCAUGCUGGUGAUUCUGGCGUUGUUCGGACUCACGUCUUUCUUCCUCUGGUUGUCCAUCGACCCUCAGAGAGGUCCAGACAAGGGUUCUGGAGAUAAUACUGCUGCUGGCUCUUCAUAUAUGCAUGGCCACGUGAAGCAAGACCCGACAACAACCAAAGCUGAUCCAUCUUUAGAUACAGAAAAAGUGCAAACUCAUAUUAUUCAUAAUAAAAAAGUAGUGACAAACCAUCCUUCAACUGGUCAAGUAAUUGAGUCAUCCACUACAACUACUUCUGUGUCAAAUACAAAAAUAAGUGCUGAAACAAAACAGGCCCAAACUAUAACAUCUCAUUCUCCAUCAGAAGUCACCACCGAAGCCCCUAUUGUCACCAUAAUAAACAAGACUCCGACAUUUAAAUCUACAACAGUUGAAGAAACUGAGUCAUCAACUGGUUACUACAGCAACAAUCCAGUGACUUGGAACUCGGAGGGAAUUUAUGUUGAUGAUAAUGUAACAGAAGAAACUAAUGAAUCAUCAACUACCUCUUAUACCAAUGAUCCAGUUAUAUUCAACUCAAAUCAAUCUUAUUUCAAUAACACAUCUCCUGUAGAAUCAACUGAGACAACUAGUUAUUAUAGUGGCAAUCCAGUAGCAUGGAAUCCUGGCUCACCAUAUUUUGAAAAUACAACAUCUGUUAGUGAAAGUAAUCUUAAAGUUACAACAGAAAGCUCAACUGAAAGUUUUUCCCAACUCAAUUUGACUGGUAUCUCUCAGAAAACUGAAGACAGUAGUGUAAUUUCAUCAACAAUUACCACAACUGAAGUUCAAUAUAUUCAAAACAACAGUUCAAUAGACAAAAUCAAUAAACUGGUCACGGAGUUUGAAGUCAAAACAUUUUCAACAACUGAAAAUGAUGUUGAUGAGAAUAUUAUGAAAUCUAAAAGACUUCCCUUUGAGACUACUACUGAAGAAGUUUCUUCCACUGUAACACCAGGUUCAAUCUCAAAUACUGUAACUAAUGAAUCAAAUAUAACAGAAUUAACUUCCACACAUAGUACUAUCACAAACUCUUCUGUAGAUGAUACUGCAGCUAAUGAAUCAGAUAUAACAGAAUCAACUUCCACACAUAGUACUUCCACAGAAUCUUCUGUAGAAAAAGCUGAAACUGUAACAGAAGAAACUGCUACCUCAGCUUUGAGUAAAAAUUUAACAGAGAACACUGAUUAUGAAGAAUAUACCCCACAAGACAGUUCUACAUCCUCAGAAGCAGUGUCCAUGAGAGAAACAUCUACAGCUCAAACACCAGGUUCAACCUCAAAUACUGUAACUAAUGAAUCAAAUAUAACAGAAUUAACUUCCACACAUAGUACUAUCACAAACUCUUCUGUAGAUGAUACUGCAGCUAAUGAAUCAGAUAUAACAGAAUCAACUUCCACACAUAGUACUUCCACAGAAUCUUCUGUAGAAAAAGCUGAAACUGUAACAGAAGAAACUGCUACCUCAGCUUUGAGUAAAAAUUUAACAGAGAACACUGAUUAUGAAGAAUAUACCUCACAAGACAGUUCUACAUCCUCAGAAGCAGUGUUCAUGAGAGAAACAUCUACAGCUCGGACUUGUUGUAUUCCUGCUGCACCUGCAUGUCCAGUCUGCCCAACCCUGCAGAAUCCGACUACAACUACUGUCACAGAGACUACACCUGCAACAGUGGACAAAGUGUGUGAAACCAAAGAGUGCUACGCCACUGCCGGACGGAUGUUGUCGUUGGUGGAUGUUACAGUGGAUCCUUGUAAGGACUUCUACUCUUACGCUUGUGGUGGAAUAUUGGAUAAUCCAACUGUUCUGGAAGAAGAUCCUGAAAUUGAUGUGUGGGACAGAAUCAAAAAAGCUGUAAAGGCCAUAUCGCCUCUCAGUCCAGCGUCUCAUCAGAAGUUAAAGAACUACUACGAGGGGUGUGUUCAUUAUGACAAACUUAUCUCAGAAGAGGAAAGAAAAAUAGAAGGUCGUAACAUAUUGGACGAUUUAGCGUUGUUUUUGAACGCUACAAGCGAUAUUGAGAAUAACUUCACACAACUUCUCAUCAAUCUGUUUAAACUGCUUUUGAUAUUUCUGAAUGUGACAUAA